CGGGUAUUCUACUGUUCUCAGAUUCUGUUACUUCCAAAAUAUCUCCCUAGGGUUUAUAACUUUGAACCCUAAUCCCUUCUUUUAAGCCUUGAAUUCGUCACCAAUUUCAUCGCUGAAAUUCAUCGAUUCUCUCCAUCACAGCAGUCAUGGAAUUUUCCAAGAAACGCAAAACAGAUGAGAACGGCAAUACCUCUCCCUCCUCCCCACAGCCUACCGUAACCUCUCUCUCCUCCGAGGAUGCCCGCAAAAUCCUUCAAUCUUUCACCCAGGAGCAACUUCUCGACAUCCUCCAGGUUGCUGCCGUGAGCCACCCCGAUAUACUGGACGCGGUGCGGGCCGUCGCUGAUAGAGAUGUCUCCCUCCGCAAGCUUUUCAUCAGGGGACUCGCAUCUGAGACCACCACUGACUCCCUCCGUUCAAUUUUCUCCUCAUUCGGCCCUCUCGAGGAGGCCAUUGUGAUCCUCGACAAGUCUACCGGCAAGUCUAAAGGUUAUGGUUUUGUUACGUUCAGUCAUGUAGAUGGAGCUGUUCUCGCGCUUAAAGAACCGAGCAAGAAAAUUGAUGGGCGGGUUACUGUUACUCAACUAGCCUCUGCAGGAAUUUCCGCGAAUUCCAAUUCGGUUGACGUGUCUUUGAGGAAGAUUUAUGUGGGCAGCGUGCCUUACGAUAUGCCUGGUGAGAAAUUGUUGCAAUAUUUUUCCGUGUAUGGGGAGAUUGAGGAAGGGCCGCUAGGGUUUGAUAAAGUUACCGGAAAGUCUAGGGGAUUUGCCUUCUUUGUGUACAAGACGGAGGAGGGUGCUAGGGCCUCACUAGUGGAACAAAUUAAAAAUAUAGAUGGACACCAAAUUGUAUGUAAAUUUGCUGUGGAUAAUAAGAAGGUGAAGCCACAAGGCCAAGCCACACCUGGAGUUGCAGGAAAUGGUACUGCCCGACCACAACAACAGACUUCAGUGCCUGGUUCUAUGCCUGGCUCUCAGUAUGGUGCACCUGGUGGUUUGUAUCAGGGCCCACACGGCUUUCCCAGUGGUAGUUAUGGGUCUCCAAUGCCACCGGUUGGCGGUGGUACUGGAUUUCCGUCCAGUGGUGGGUUUGCUACGGGCUUGGGAGGUCCAUAUGGGGGUUCGCAUUAUGGGGGGCCUGCAGGUUCGACCGAGUUUGGCGGAUUGGGCAGUGCAGGGUCUUCAAUUUAUCGGAUGCCGCCACCAGGUUCUGUAGGAGUGGCCUCUGGGGGUUAUCCUGAAGCUGGGCAAUAUGGAAUGCCAGCUUCUUCGGUGCCUACUCAGCAUCACCAGCCAUCAUCUUUAUCAAGAGUUCCACCUGGAGGGAUGUACCAGGGGGCACCGCAUUACUAUUGAGGUGUAUGAGAGCUUCUUGGACAAGAGUACUUUAAUGGUUGUGGUGAUUUCGUGAAUGCUGACACUGAAAACUUUGGUUUAAUUAUUUGGCUGCUGUGCUUUUGUUGCUGCUUCGCUUCAUCUGCUUCCUUUAGUUAUGGGUGAAUGACAAUGGUUAUUAGUUGAUAUUGACAGAGAUAGCUUAUUUCAUAUCUAUAAGGAUGUAGACUUUCAUGGUCCGCCAUAAUUUUUUGUUUGUUUGUCAAACCAAUGCCAUUGUGUUAUCUACAUAUUUUGUGCAGAUGAGCUUAAGUUUAAUGUGCACAUCUAUUAUUCAUUUAUUAGAUAGCUCCGUCGCUAUGGUCUUUGAUAUAUUUGAAGUGAA